GAAGCUUUCGGCGCGUGCAACAUCCAAACAUCCAAGACACCAGAUAAAAGACAACAUCAAGCUGAAUACGGAUUGAAAAUUCGAAAAAAAAACAAAAUUGAAAUUAAAACAAAGCAAGCGAAAAGUUUUUGAAAAGCGAAGCGGAAAAGGAGAAAAUCCAAGGUAAACAACAACAACAACAACUAAGUAAAAGGCCUUCGUAGCGAUAAAAGGGUCUAUUUAUUUUCUUGAGCCUGACAAAUCACUCGGCAGGAAAAUGGAAUGACCAGAGUUCGCUUAGUUGGCCCCCCAGAAAAUGCUGGCUCAGCCAGCGGCAACAACUCAAUCAGCAACAUCAGUGGCAGCGACAUCUGCAACAUCAGCGGCAGGAGCAACAGCAACAUCAGCAGCUAGGAAUGGCCAGCGACGUCGCGUGGCAGCAGCAACAGAAGGCUGCAACAGCAACAGCAACACCAACAGCAACGGCAAUAGCAAUAGCAACAUUGGCAACAGCAGCAACACCGGCAACAUCAGCAGCAACAGCAGCAACACCAACCGAUUAAGUCAAAUGCAUUCCAACGAAGAGCCGCCCAUGACGGUGAUCGUCGAUGGAGGCGGUGGUGGCAGCAAUGUAUCCGCUUCCAGUGCAACUGCUGGUGGCCAUCGGCGGGGCAGCCAAAGGUUGCGGAAAACCAGUUCCUCCAGUGCCAAUGUCAAGUCUUCAGCGAAUCCUGCGACAGUGGCUGGGAGCAGCAGUGGUCACAGGUCAUCGCAUCGCCAGACAUCGAAUGCCUCGGGCUCGGAAAGAGAUGGCAACAGCAGGCGUCGUUAUCAGGGAAAGGAUCGACAUGAUCGUCACGAUCGCCAUGACCGCCAGGAUCGCCAGGAUCGCCAUGAUCGCCAGGAUCGCCAUGAUCGCCAUGAUCGCCAUGACCGCCAUGAUCGCCAGGAGCGUCGCGAGCGGCAGGAGCAGCAGGUGUCACGUCGGCGUGCAGGACGUCGCCACAGUGGAGCCUCUUCGAUGAGCGAUGCUGCCAAUGCCGCCGCUGGAAGAUCGAGGGGCGAAAGAGGGGGAGCGGUCAGCUCCUCGACCGCCUCCAGUUGCAAUGGCAGCUGCAGCUCCGACGACGGCGACUCCUCGCACACCUCCUCCUCCAGUUCGUCCAGCUCGUCCGGCGAACCGAAUCUGCCCUAUCCGGGAUUCCCCGAGAUCUCCAUGAAGGCGCUGACGCAGUACACCCGGCCACGCAACUGGUGCCUGAUGCUCAUCACCAAUCCAUGGUUCGAGCGCGUCUCCAUCCUGGUCAUCCUGCUCAACUGCAUCACCCUCGGAAUGUAUCAACCCUGCGUGGACGACGCCUGUGUCACGAACCGCUGCAAGAUCCUUCAGAUCUUCGACGACAUUAUCUUCGCCUUCUUUGCCCUGGAGAUGACCAUCAAGAUGGUGGCCAUGGGCAUGUGCGGCAAAAACACCUACCUGGCGGACUCGUGGAAUCGCCUGGACUUCUUUAUUGUCCUGGCGGGUCUGCUGGAGUAUGUGAUGCAUGUGGAGAACCUCAAUCUGACUGCCAUCCGAACGAUUCGUGUGCUGCGUCCCCUGCGGGCCAUCAAUCGAAUACCCAGCAUGCGGAUACUGGUGAUGCUCCUGCUGGACACUCUGCCCAUGCUGGGCAAUGUCCUGCUGCUCUGCUUCUUUGUGUUCUUCAUCUUCGGGAUCAUUGGAGUGCAGUUGUGGGAGGGAAUCCUGCACCAGCGCUGCAGCCUGGACACACCCACCGGCACAAUCUAUCCCCUCACGCUACCUGAAGUGUACAGAGUUCGAGUCCGUGUUAACUCCCUGUCGCAGUACUACGAGUUCUCCAAGGAUCAGGACUACAUCUGCUCCACGCCCAACGAUUCGGGAAUGCAUCUCUGCGGGAACUUCCCGCCGUAUCGCAUCGGUUCGCUGGUCUGCAAUGGGGAGGCCAAGCUGUCCGACUUCAAUGAGCCGACGAACACGUCCUGCGUCAAUUGGAACCAGUACUACACCACCUGCAAGCAGAGCGGCGAGAAUCCCUUUCAGGGCACGAUUUCGUUCGACAACAUCGGGAUGGCCUGGGUGGCCAUAUUUUUGGUCAUCUCGCUGGAGGGCUGGACGGACAUAAUGUAUUACGUGCAGGAUGCGCACAGCUUUUGGGAUUGGAUAUACUUUGUGCUGCUGAUUGUGAUUGGUUCGUUCUUCAUGAUCAACCUCUGCCUGGUCGUCAUCGCCACACAAUUCUCGGAGACGAAGAAACGUGAAAUGGAGCGAAUGCGACAGGAACGGGCCCGGUACACCUCCACCUCGACCUUGGCCAGCAGCACAAACAACUCGGAGCCGGCCACCUGCUAUGCGGAGAUCGUCAAAUAUAUCGCCCAUCUGUGGCGACGCUUCAAGAGACGAAUGUUAAAGAAGUACAGAUUAUAUAAGUACCAGCGACAGCAGCGCAAGGAGGGCCUGCUGCCCAAUGCCGACAAUUUGACCUUCUCGCCGUCGCGGAUCAAGUGCCAUCAUCCCAAGUGCCCCAAGUACAGUAAUCGCAAGCCGUCCAGCAUUCAGGAUCAGAUGAUUACCGUCAUGGUGCCGCUUAAUUCGGCCAGCAACAACAACAAUAAUAAUAACAACAACAGCACCAGCAGCAACCACAAUGGCAGUGGCAACAGCAAUAACAAUAACGCAGCCAGUUGCACCACAGUGGCCCUGGUCAAUGGGAUAAAUGGCAGCGCCGCCAGUGUAACGAUGUCUUCGGCCCACCACCAGCAACAUCAGUUGCUGCAACAGCAGCAGCAACAGCAGCAACAUCAGCAGCAGCAGCAGCAGCAACAACACUCCUCCUCCGACAACACAGAACAAUCGCUGGGCGCAGAUGGGUUACCAAGAAGUUCCUCACUUAAAAAGUCCACCGCCCAUCAUCAAUUGAAGCCCGAGGGCAGUGCCGCCGAGCAAAAGACCAUAUUGCUCAAGUUCCCGCAGCAAAUGAUUGAUUCCGAACAGCUAAUUCUGCAGUUGGGAAAUUUAGGAAAGAGCCAUCCAUGCACCUCUGGAUUCCUUAGUCCGCCCACCUCAGUCAGCCGCCGACCAUCGGUGAUGUUCAACGAGUAUGUCCUACUGCACACGCCCCCCGCCUUAAAUGCGGAUCCGGCUGCGGCGGGCACCACCUCCACUGUCCCCACUACAGUGGCCACCGUUGCAGGAACGGCGGCAGCGGCUGCCGCAGCAGCGGUGGCGGUGAAUGCUGGCGGCAGCAAUAACAGUUCCGGACUCAAUAACCACCAGAACGGUGCCAGUGGUGGCGCAAGUGGAGGAGCUGGUGCAGGUGCCGGUGGUACCACUGAAAAAGGCAACAUCUUUUCCACGGAGAAGAUGACGCAGGCUGGCGAUGGCAGCAUCUGGCAGGUAAAUUUACCACAGACCAUCGGCACAAUUGCUAAUCCCUAUGCCGAUUGCUCUGAGCUCGGUAUACACGAUGCGAUGACUUGUCAAGAGCUCUUAGCAUUCUCUGUGGCCUUCUCAGCGGCUUUGCCGACGGGCCAGAGUACCCUAGAGUCCUUCUACACAUCGCUGGCCCGCUGCGAUCCUCACACCGCCGAAGCGUUGCGGGCGCACCACAAACCACGCUCCCUGGUAGCAGCUCAAAGCCAAACGCCUCCAGGCUCUGAAGGAGCUACUGUGAUGGUUGCCUCAACGGCCGGCGAUCCCGGCCAGACACUCGAACCGACAACUGUGUCGGCUGUGGUGGGUCCCAUCGGCACCCAGACGGCGAACCACCGCCGCAAAGAGCACCACCAGCAGUCACAUGGAUCGCACCACCAUCAUAAUAACAACAAUACCACCAGUCACAGCCGGAAUUAUCGCUCACGGCAGGGACAGGGUAAUUCGCGAGCGCGAGAAUCCCGCACUCCCACCGGCAACUAUAUGGAGGACUAUGCCUGCUGCUACGAUCUCUACCAGAACGCCCUGUCGCCACUGGACGAACGGCCCAGGCAGAGAUCGUCGACGACUCGCUGCCUGAUCGCCGUCUACCGCUGCCUGUCGCGCGUCUGCAGUUGGGCUCGUCGCUACAUCCGGCGAUUGGUGGAGCAAAAGUACUUCCAGCAGGGCAUCCUGUUGGCCAUCCUGAUAAACACCCUGUCCAUGGGAAUUGAGUACCACAACCAGCCGCCGGAACUGACCGCCAUUGUGGAGACGAGCAACGUCGUCUUUUCGGUCAUCUUUGCAGUUGAAAUGCUGCUGAAAGUGGUUGCCGAGGGUCCGUUUCGUUAUAUAGCCAAUGGGUUUAAUGUGUUUGAUGGCAUCAUUGUGAUCCUCAGUGCCAUUGAGAUCUGUCAGACGUUCAUGGGUAAUGGAACGGGCGGCGGUGGCUCCGGCCUGUCCGUGCUGCGAACCUUCCGAUUGCUCCGAAUCCUCAAGCUGGUCCGCUUUAUGCCCAACCUGCGACGCCAGCUAUUUGUGAUGCUGCGCACCAUGGACAACGUGGCCGUCUUCUUUUCGCUGCUCGUUUUAUUCAUCUUCAUCUUCAGCAUACUCGGCAUGUAUCUGUUUGGCGGUAAGUUUUGUAAAUUUUUGGACGAAUCCGGACUCGAACGCGAGUGCACGUGUCCCGAAAUAAUCAGCCGGCAUCCGCAAUGCGAGUGCGAUCGCAAACACUUCAACAACAUUUUGUGGGCCACAGUCACAGUAUUCCAAAUACUGACGCAAGAGGAUUGGAACGUCGUCCUGUUCAACGGAAUGGAAAAGACAAGUCAUUGGGCCGCAUUGUACUUUGUGGCCCUAAUGACGUUCGGCAAUUAUGUGCUGUUUAAUUUAUUGGUGGCCAUUUUGGUUGAGGGAUUCAGUUCAGAGCGAAAUGAACGUCGCGAGCGCGAACAGCGCGAGUUGGUUAAGAAACUGCGCGAGGAAACGCUGGCCGAGAACUACAGCGAUGGUAUGUACGAUGAGUCGCGGAGCGAGGCGGACUCCUCGACCACCAACGAUAGUUACUACGAGGUGCGCAACCGCUGGCGAUCGGCGGAGGAUGUGCGCAAGCUGCAGGACUCCGCGGAGCUGAUCAUCGAGGCCAAGAGCAACAUGCACCGCCAGCGCCUGCUGCAGCCCACCCACGACUACCAGAUCAACGAGCUGCCCGCCUCGUCUGCCGCUCCGUCCGCUGGUGGCACCUCCGGCGCCUCUGCGACGGGCGAGCGGGAAAGGGACAGGGACAGGGACAGGGAUAGAGAGCGGGACAGGGAGGCGGGUGGCGGCGGCAAGGAGGAGGGAGGGGCGCAGCAUGCCAAGCCGCGCGGCGGCCUCAAAAAGACAUACUCGAUCAAGGAGCGGCGCAGCGAGGCGCCACGCCUCUCCAAGAUCCGUCUCGCCCGGGAUCCGCCCAUCAUCACGACAACGGCGGCCACGCCGCAGGACUCGCCCAGCACCACCUUGGAGCCGGGCAUGAGCUUCCGCCAGUGGGGCGACAUGGAGCCACCCAGUCCGCCCUCCCCCUCGCUGUUGCGACCGCCGAACAUCUUCACCGGCGGACAGCGGAGUCUGGACGAGGGCAUCCCCUCCAUCGAUCUCAUCCCGCCCUCGCCGGUGCUGGCCCACAAGCCCCUGAACAUCCUGAAUGCCAGCCAGUUGGGCAUGGGCGUGGGUGUCGGCAGCACUGCCGGCAGCUCGGCCAGCAUGCACAGCGUGAUCAUCGACGACAUCUCGAAGAGCUCCAGCUCGACGGCGGCGGCCACGCCCAUUUAUGUGCCCACCAUCUCGUCUUCGGCGGAGGCGCAGAGUCAGAGUCAGAGUCACAGUCUCAACGAUGUGAGUGUGGGUUCAGGACCGGGCGUUGAGAUGCCUGUGGCGGGAUUGGGAAGGAGUACCAACACGGGGGCCUCGACCAGUGGCAGUUCCUCCAGCGAACGCCUGCCACUGGCCCCGCCCCCUCAGCAGGGCAGUUUCAAGCAGCGACUGAGGCGUGGCAGCUCCAAGAAGCGCCGCUCUUCCGCUCUGGCCCUAACCAGCGAGGACAAUCCGGCGCGAAGAGCCCAAGAGGAGGAGGAGGAGCAGCAGCAGCAGCAGCUGAACAAUGGCGGCGACAAUAGCUUCUUGCUGCGGGGAGGCAGCACUGUGGCCAGCGGCUCCUCCUCGGGCGCCAAGGAGACGAAUCGCCUGAGUCCACAGAACUCGAUCAGGAGGCUCUCGAACACACUGAGCAUAGGCAGCGGACCCGUGGGCAGUCGCCGGGCCUCGGCCUGCAUAUUCAACUCGCAGGUGUACCAGAACCUGAACCAGCCGCCCAAGCCCAAACUGCGACCGGGACCGGGACAACGCCGGAUGAGCUCCAUCGAACUGGCAUUCAGCAAGACCUCGCAUCUGAAUCUGCACAAUCUGGAGGCCAACCGGAAGUCGCUCUCGUACACCAACUCGAAGAUGGACCUGGACAAGUGGAACAAGUCGUACGGCAAUCUGAACGAGCCGGACAACAUGCUGCAGCAGUAUAUGGAGGCGCGGGACAAGCGCAAGAACUCCAUCAGCCACUAUAAUCUGAAGAAGCGGCUCGAGGAGAAGGAGCUGCAGCAGCUGCAGCAGCUCCACCAGCAGCAGCUGCUCCAGCAACGGCAGGACUCCUUCUCCUCGACCACCCAGCACCAGCAGCAGCACCGCUUGUCCAAGGACCACCAGCAGCAGCUGGCGAUGCAGCCACAUUCCAUGGUGCCAGGCGGCGGGGAGCGCUACUCCAAGCUCAAGAUGCUCAUCGAGCAGCUCACGCCCAAGCACUUCACCACCGAGCGCGAGGACUACUCGCUCUACAUAUUCCCCGAGGAUAACAGGUUCCGGCAAAUCUGUACGUGGUUUGUCAACCAAAAGUGGUUCGACAACGUGGUCCUGCUAUUUAUCGCGCUCAACUGCAUCACCCUGGCCAUGGAAAGACCAAACAUCCCUCCAAGCAGCACCGAAAGAUUGUUCCUGGCAACAGCCAACUACGUGUUCACCGUCGUCUUCAGCGUCGAAAUGUUCAUCAAGGUGGUGGCCACGGGAAUGUUUUACGGCCACGACGCCUACUUCACGUCCGGCUGGAAUAUCAUGGACGGAUCUUUGGUUACCAUUUCCAUAAUUGAUUUGUUAAUGUCCCUGAUUAGCGAAUCGAGUCCGAGGAUAUUUGGGAUUUUAAGGGUGUUUCGACUACUCCGAUCCUUGCGGCCGCUGCGGGUGAUCAACCGAGCCCCGGGUCUGAAACUAGUCGUGCAAACGCUCUUAUCGUCCCUGCGUCCCAUCGGCAACAUCGUCCUGAUCUGCUGCACCUUCUUCAUCAUCUUCGGCAUCCUGGGCGUUCAGCUGUUCAAGGGCACCUUCUACUACUGCGAGGGCGAGAACAUCAAGGGCGUGCGGAAUGCGGACGAGUGUCGCAGGAUACCGGGGAAUGUGUGGACCAACCGCAAGUACAACUUCGAUGAUCUGGGCAAGGCCCUCAUGUCCUUGUUCGUCCUGAGUUCCCGCGACGGCUGGGUGAACAUUAUGUACACCGGGCUGGACGCCGUCGGGGUGGACCAACAGCCCAUCGUGAACUACAACGAGUGGCGGCUGCUGUACUUCAUAGCCUUCAUCCUGCUGGUGGGCUUCUUCGUGCUCAACAUGUUCGUGGGCGUGGUGGUGGAGAACUUCCAUCGAUGUCGCGAGGAGCAGGAGAAGGAGGAGAAGAUCCGGCGGGCGGCGAAGCGGGCCCUGCAGAUGGAGAAGAAGCGGCGGAGGAUGCACGAGCCACCGUACUACACCAACUAUUCGCCCACCAGGAUGUUCGUGCACAACGUGGUGACCUCGAAGUACUUCGAUCUGGCCAUUGCCGCGGUGAUUGGCCUGAAUGUGGUCACCAUGGCCAUGGAGUACUACAAGAUGCCCAAUCCGCUGAAGUACGCCCUGAAGAUCUUCAACUACUUCUUUACGGCGGUGUUUAUACUGGAGGCGAACAUGAAACUGGUGGCACUGGGCUGGAAACUGUACUUGAAGGACCGCUGGAAUCAGCUGGACGUGGGCAUAGUCCUGCUCUCCAUAGUGGGCAUUGUGCUGGAGGAGCUGGAGACGAACAUAAUACCCAUCAAUCCGACGAUCAUUCGCGUAAUGAGGGUGCUCCGCAUAGCCAGAGUGCUGAAGCUCCUCAAAAUGGCCAAGGGCAUCCGCGCCCUGCUGGACACCGUGAUGCAGGCCCUGCCCCAAGUGGGCAACCUGGGCCUCCUGUUCUUCCUGCUGUUCUUCAUCUUCGCGGCACUGGGCGUGGAGCUGUUCGGGCGACUCGAGUGCUCCGACGAGAUACCCUGCCAGGGAUUGGGCGAGCACGCGCACUUCGCCAACUUUGGCAUGGCUUUCCUCACAUUGUUUCGCGUAGCGACUGGCGAUAAUUGGAACGGCAUCAUGAAGGACACGCUGAGGGAUAAUUGCGAUGACGCGGCCGAUUGCGUACGCAAUUGCUGCGUCAGCUCGGUUAUUGCUCCCAUAUUCUUUGUGAUAUUCGUGCUGAUGGCGCAAUUCGUGUUAGUGAACGUCGUCGUGGCUGUACUGAUGAAACACCUCGAGGAGAGCCACAAGCAAAUGGAAGACGAGCUCGACAUGGAGGUGGAGCUCGAGCGCGAGCUGGUGCGCGAGCAGGAGUUCGCCCAGGAGCAAAAGUUGUGCCAGCAGCUGGCGGAGGCGCAAUCGAAGGCCGCCGCUCCCCCGCGCCCCCUGGCCAAGGUCAAGUCGCUGCCCAAGAACUUCAUCUACAGCACACCCUCGCUGGACAAGAAGUUUCCGCCUGUCCCGGGUGGUGGUGUCGUCGCCACACUGGGCGGCAAUCCCAGUUCGAGUCUGACCAGCUCGGCGGCCACCAAUCUGAAUCAAGUGGCCGGUUGGGGAGGAGGAGUAGCAGGUGGGGGUGCGGGCUCGGGAGCGGUAUCUGCGGCAUCUGGAGCUGGACAACGACGACAGACCGUCCAGUACUUCCAGCAGCCACCACAAUCCAUGCUCGGCUUGAGUCUCGCCGAAAUGGGCGGCACGCUGACGCCUCAGGCGCUCGGCGCCCGGUUGGGCGAGCCCUUCGGCGGCCCAGCGACGGCGGCGGGAGGCGUUGAGAGGGGAGGAACGGGCGAGCCGCUGGCUGUGGGCGUGGCCGGCCUCCCGCUGCCGCCGCUGGACAAUCGCCGCCGCGGGCGACGCGCCUCCGCGGCCGCCGGCUUCCGCAAGCGCGGCGUGUUGUCCAAGGAGCGCUCAUUGGACGAGCAGGCCAUCCGACGACGCAAUUUGGAGGCCAAGCGCACCAGCUGCGACUCGCUGCCCUGGGGCGGAGAUGCCCUCGACUGCCGCAGGGGCACGAUCUUCGAGAGCCUCGAGUCGGAUGGGUGCGGAGUAGGGGGUGGUGGUGGUGGUGGUGGUUCCUACGAUAUACGGAGCACGCGCAGUGCCGAUGUGGGCCAUUUGGAUUCAGAGUCGGGGGAUGUCUCGCUGGCGGUGGUCAGCUCCCUGGUGCCCGCCCUGGUCAGUCCACUGCCCCCGCCCCUGUCUCUGCCCAUAGCAUCGCCCACGCCCUUGUCCAUGUCCAUAACAAUGCCCAUGCCGGCACAUCCAUCACAUCCGCCACCACGCCGACCCUUCGGCUGGUCGCAGUCCGUGGACCAGGGAUGCCUGAGGAGCAGCCUCCUGCUCUCCGUGCCCAGAUCCAUGCCGCCGCGCAGUCGCAGUGGCAGCACCAAGCAGCUCUUCAAGCAGCAGGCUCUGGACGAGGACGCCGACAUGGACGAGAGCUCGCUGCUGCUGCCCACGACUGCAGGAGGAGGAGGAGGAUCGGGAUCAGGGUCUGGGUCUGGGGGACCGGGAUCGGUGGCAGUCACAGCCUCCAGCUCGCUGGACAUCCCAGAGCCCAGUGGCAGCUCGAAACCACUGCCGGACAUCGCAGCGGGGGUCAGUAAGUCCGACUCCUCGGACAUCCUGCGCAUCAUUAGUGAGCGGCGGCGCAUGGAUCAGCGGGAGCAGAGGGAACCGGAUCAGGAUCAGGACAUCGAGACGGAGGACAGGGACAGCGACUACAAGGAGCUGCUCCUGGUCAAGUCGCCGCAGUCCUCCAUGGACUAGAUGCCAGCACACACACUCUGCAGAUCUUUGAAAGUAGCUAUCUCUAACUAGGGCCAGGUUUACACUGAAAAUAAUUACUGCAGAGCUGAUUAACAAGGAUAAUAGCUAGGAUAACUGUUAAGAUAGUCCUUACUUGGCUAUAAAUAGUACCCCUUCCCUGGGAAAGUGUCUAAGCUUCGAAGGAGGCAGUCCCUAUAUAUAAAUUCUAUACCGAUAACAACUCUAUUAUGUAAACCUGGUCGCCAUUAAAGGAUACUUUAGGGAAUUUUCUAAAAACUAUAACUAUUACAUUAGGCUGUAGGCAUAAAGAUCGAAGAGUGUGAUGAGAGAACACAAAUAAUGAUUAAUCGAUAGCAAUUAAACUAUAAAUGAUAAAUGGCAAAUGCUAAACUCUUAGCCACAGAAACGAAAAUAAAAACCAGUAAAAUAAAAUUGAAAGCAAAGUUAAGUACAGCAGAGAAAAGAAAUGCUAGUAAGCUAAAUUGUCAACUGUUUUUAGUGCAAUCCUACGGUUUUCAUAACUUUAACAAGCAGAACUUAUAAGAAAAACUAAAAACUAAAUGAUCGCGAAAGAUCGAUCGGUCAAGAAGAAGAUAGCUAAGUUUCAAGUUGAUUAGAGUGUUUUCCGUUAAAAAGUAGCAGUCGAAAACGAUGAUUACCCAGACGAUGAUGGAUUAUAUACAAGUGUUAUAUGCGAUUUACAUAUAUACAGUUAUAUUAUUAUACUUAUAGGGAUACUGCAUUCGAAACAUAAAUGAUGGAAAUUUGUGAACAAAGAAUCAUCAACUCUGUGAUUAGCUCUUAAAGUUUAAACGUUUAUAUGAGAAGCCAUGCAGACACCAAACAAAAAAACACACAAAAACACGCUAUCUGUAUAUAGAAGGCCUGUAUGUAAUCAAAUGUAAUCGAGUGUAUUUUACGUAGCUUAGCCAAAGAUGAAACUAACGCAAUGAUACCGAAUAGAGCCGUCAGAGCGAACACAUUGAUAAGCAAUAGAGAACUGUAGCUCUUAAGAUUGUACCUAACCUAAAAACGAAUAAAGCUGCGUUGUUCCAGGGGAAAUAAUAAUACCCAAAAGAAAAGAAAAAGAUACGGAAAAGGAGAAAACAAAAACCAAAAAAAAAAACAUGAGAACUUUGUGCAAACGAAUUUACUUAGGUACUUAAACACACACACAACCACACCCAAACAGAUAGCUAUUACGAUCUGGUCGACAAUCUUUGCGAAUCUCCCCUGUCUGUCUCUCUAUCUCCCUCUAAAGGCUUCCAAAACUUCCCGACCCCGCCCCUUAAAAGAUAUCCAGACAUUCGAAAAACAGUGCCAACGCAGUAAGGGUAUUCAAGAUUUUUUUUUUAAAUAAACCUAACCAGAAAAAGAAGCAAAGAUGGCGGCAACAACUACAUGAAGAACUUUAAAAAGUAGCAUUUAUAAAGAAAAACAAAAAUAAAACCAAAACCAAGAGAAACGUCGUAGAAAUUUAAAGAUUAAUGUUUAAUGACUAUAUAUAGUGUAUAUAUGGAACUAUCAACGAAUUACAAUAGAGUAUCGAGAUAUUUCUUCAGAUGGCAGAACUAGAACAAGACAAAGAAUCGAGGGAACGAGAAGAACACUAACUUAACACUGUCAAUUUUUCAACAUGGUCUAAGCUAAUUUUUUCAAGGAAAACAAAAGAUCUAAGAAUGAAAACAAUUUUACACUCUUUGUACACACUGUAAAAAAUGAAGUGAAGGAGCUCUCCAGUUUAGAUAAACUUUAAAAUCAAACUUAGCAAACGAUUCGGGCGAAAGCGAGGAAAGAAGAAGCAACAAAUUUAAUUAUACGAUAUUUUCAUCUGUGCCUUUCUCUACGAAUAUAUAUAUACACAUUUAUACAUUAUAUAACAAAUGUAUCAGAUACUGUCUCUAUAUCUUUCUACGCUCCCACUCCCUCUCUCUUUCUCACACACACUCACACGGAACUCACCAAACUCACCCUACUAAGCAAACCACAGGACACCAACACAGACACCAAGCAAGCAGUGCGAAAUGUAACGGUGAUGGCAAGCAGUGCCUCGCGUAACUAAAAAUGCAAAUCUGAAAACUAUUUACGAGGCAGGACGAAGGAAUAAUAACGAAAGAAACAAAAUAACUACUUAAGCCUACUAAUAAUGAAAACCGAAAAUACAAAAAUACAACUGGAAGUAAAAAUACAAAUAAAAUUAUACGAAAGCAUGAAGUUUAUAGGUUAAUGCGCUAGUAGUUUUGAACUUUUUUUUUGUAAUUUUUUAAUGUAGCCGCUUUGAAGUAAACCAAAUGAAACUAUAUUCGUUUUUGGUUUUAGUUGUGUGUGUCUGUUUUUUUUUUUGUGCGAAGCGUAAAGCAACUAUUAAGAACGUUUCUUCUUGUUGAUUAAUAAUUAGGUAAACUGCUACAAAACAUAAGUUAAUUAAAGAAAAAGAAAAAACAAUGAAAAACCAAAAGCCAACAACAAAAUUAGAAAAAAGUGAGUUGAAUUUAAAAUUAAAGCCAUAACGGCCAACGAAAUGCAAAACUAAGCAAAUUUGCUUUUAGCUCCAUGACGGUGCAAGAAAAACCCCAUGAAAAAACCAAUAAUUCUUUGCAAAGUAAAAUAAGCCAAUUAAAUGUGAAAUUGUUUAAGAAAGGACAUAAGAAACUUAGCACUAUCCGCUGCUGCAAAGCCAGAAAUCGAAACUCUGUUAGACAAAUAGCCAAUAGCCAAAGUUGUAAUCAUUUCGUUGCGUGCCCUUUGCGUAUAAUUUGAAUGGUUCGAUUGGUUCCACUAGAUACGUACAUAUAUACUGAGAACACAUACUAUGUAAAGCAGCGAAACAAAACCAAAAAAAAAACGAGCAUUAUAAAUUAAAGAGAAUUUGAAAAGAA